UUUCUACCCUUUUUCAUUUCUGUUUCUGAUGUUUUUCUUUCUCUGUCCCAGCAGGUGCUAGACAGGGGAGUGAGACCAUGGAGCAGAAUCCUCAGCAGGAAGAUGAUGAGGAAGUUGAAUCAAAUGGUGCAUUAUUGCAAAGAUGCAAAGAGAGUGUGUCCAGAAGUUGUGAUCAGGGAAAAGCCGAUGAGGGUCAGCACAUUCCAGAGAGGUGGCAGGGAAACCAGCCAACACAGGAAGUUGGUCAAUCUGUUUAUUAUCAGGGAACUCAUAACGGUCUCAAGGAAACCACGGCCCAGCAGAGAAUCCCCAGGGGAGAGAGAAAUAACACAUGUGUUGAGUGUGGGAAAAAGUUCAGUAGGUGCUCACACCUUAUUAGACAUCAGAGAAUCCACACAGGGGAGCGACCCUAUGAAUGCUGUGAGUGUGGGAAAACCUUUGCUCGGAUCUCAACCCUUAAUAAUCAUCAGAGGAUCCACACAGGGGAGAAACCCUAUGGAUGCUGUAAGUGUGGGAAGAGCUUCACUGAGCGCUCAAACCUUAUUCAACAUCAGAGGAUCCACACCGGGGAGAAACCCUAUGAGUGUUGUGAGUGUGGGAAAACCUUCACUCUCAGCUCUCAUCUUAUUAGACAUCAGAGAAUCCACAAAGGAGAGCGACCCCAUGAAUGCUGUAAGUGCGGAAAAACCUUCACUGAGCGCUCAAACCUUGUUCAACAUCAGAGGAUCCACGCAGGGGAGAAACCCUAUGAAUGUUGUGAGUGUGGGAAAACCUUCACGCGGUGCUCAACCCUUAUUAAACAUCAGAGAAUCCACAGUGGGGAGCGGCCCUAUGAAUGCUGCCAGUGUGGGAAAACUUUUACUCGGCGCUCACACCUUAUUAGACAUCAGAGGAUCCACACAGGAGAGAGACCCUACGACUGCCCCAAGUGUGGGAAAUUCUUCCGUCAGAGCUCAGCCCUUAUUUGUCAUCAGAGAAUCUGCAAGGGAGUUAAAGACCAUAAAAACACUGUCUAGGGCUAAGAAAAGAUUUUGUUUUCCAUUUUCUAAUUCCCACAUACUGAACUUUAAAGAAGCAUUUGUGUCACUGUGGUUUCUCAACUUCUCCACCUGAGUUGUCUGCUUUUCCCUUUUGCAGCUCACUUUCCUUGGGAUGGAUCCCACACUCUUUUUCAUCAACUAGGUACAUGGAGGUUAAAUUUACCUGGACCUUGACUCCACUAGGAUUUCCCAUGGAGUUAGCUAGCUUGAGUUCACUAUCCUGAUAUAAAAACUAGGGCUGUGAAGCAAUUUAAAAAAAUUAAUCGCACUUAAUCGUGCAAUUAAAAAAAAUUAUGAUUAAUUGCAUUUUUAAUCACACUAUUAAUAAUAGAAUACCAUUUUUAAAAAUAUUUUCGAUGUUCAGCCAUCAUUCCAAACAAAUCCUGCAACCCAAGUCAGCUGUCCUGGGCUAGCCACAUAUUUUAAUUGCAAUGUAUACAUAUCCUUAGUGUCAGAAUUUCAGCUUUCCCAUCAGGGAAUCAUGCCCCAGUCUCUCCUGUGACAAGUGGGCAUAUCAUGAUACUCAUGUGGUAGGAACUUGCUGCUUCCCCUGCACAGGGACCUAGGGAAACAGCCCGGGCAGCGACUUGGCCAGAUGUGGUUACCAGGAGAUCCAACUAGGUGGGAGUUGUUCUGGGGCUCUGCAGGGGGAGGUUUAGCUGGGAGAAGGGGCAGAUUAAGAGAGUUUGACACCAAUGUACAGGGGUGUUUGUCAGCGGGAGGCAUGACAGCUGGGGUGACAGUGGGGUCUGAGCUGAAGCAGCAGCAGCAAGAGGGCAAUGCGGGGGUCUUGUCACUUGGGAAAAAUGAAACUGCAAAAGCUCCCUGUGCUGCAGCAAAAGCUUCUCAUUUAUCCCCUAAACCCUCAUGUAAAUCUCCACCCCGCCCUAGCACUCAGAAACCCGUUCACUCCUAUGCAACUUUUUAAUUUUUCUUACUUUUCCUUGGCUUUGUACAAACAUUUUCCCCAUCAAAAUGAUCAAGGACAUUUAAAAUGAGAAAAACAAAGCCAAAGAAACCCCCACCAAUCUCCCAACUACACACUGCUUGGGUCUGAAUUUUUUUACUGAAAUUUUAAGGCAAUAAAACUCAGACCUCUGUUGGCCAGAAAACAAACUUCAUUCUCCCAUACUGCACCUAAGGCCUUGUCUAGAGAGGUGUACACACUGCAAAGCCACUUCUGGCAAUGGAACUCCUCAGUUCAGCAAUGUAAUAAAACCACUUCUAUGAGA